UUUCAGAAUCAGACACUCAUCCAAUGUAAAUCCAGCUCUAAGCAGAUAAGAUCAGGGUUGUGUUCUGUACCAGGUGCAGCUCCACUUGUGACCAACAGAGGACGUGUCCUAGGAAUCCACUAUAUCAUACACUAUAUUGCCCAAAGUAUUGGCCCCGCCCUCCCAAUCAUGUGAUUCAGGAGUUCCAAUCCCCUCCAUGGACACAGGUGUAUACAAUCCAUCCCCUAGGCAUGCAGACGGCUUCUACAAACAUUGGUGAAAGAAUGGGUCGCUCUCAGGAGCUCAGUGACUCCAAGCGUGGUCCCGUGAUAGGUGGCCCCCUGUGCAAUAAGUCCAUCCGUAACAUUUCCUGGCUACUAAAUAUUCCACGCUCAACUGUUAGUGGGAUU